GUUAUUCCUGGUGUCUUGACGUUGGACCCGAGGUGCACGUCGCAGCGAGAGCGUCGAGGAAUAUUCGCUAAUCUUGGGAAUAUUAAAACCGUGGAUAUUUUUGGAAAUCAUGCAGAAAUCUUGAAAUGAGAGUGUGAAAUGGUAUCACUAUCGAGAGUGAGGAUAACUAUCACCGCUCCGUUGAUGAAUACGAGCAGAACGGGUCUCAGGGGUAGCUGCUGCUGCAUUCAUAAACACUUCUUUAGGACUCACAACAACCCCUGAGCUUUGUUUUGGGGUUACAAAACAACACAUAUUCCUGUUGUGCACGUGGGUUGACAAUGGCUGAAAAAGGUAAAAUGAAUGUAGAGCAUCUCAGCGGAGUUGCCAGGCUCCGAGAAGAACACAAGAAGGUGGUGAAAGACUGUGAAAGUCGGAUACAGCACUGGAAGAAGGUGUCAGGUGACUAUGAAGCCUUGAAUGACCGCCUUCAAACUCUUCCAGAUCAACUGUCUUAUGACAUCAUGGUGCCGUUUGGCCCUUUGGCUUUCAUGCCUGGGAAGCUGGUGCACACCAAUGAGGUCACAGCGUUGCUCGGUGACAACUGGUUCGCCAAGUGCUCUGCCAAGCAGGCUCAGAAAAUUGUCGAUCACAGGAUGAAAUAUGUGAAGAGAGAACUAGAUGAUCUGUCAAAGACGAUGAAAGACUUUAAAGCCAGAGUUGGGUUUGCAAAGGAUUUGGAAAUCAUCUCAGCCAGUAAAGGGGGCUAUGUUGACAUUAGAGAAGAUGCCGGAAACAAUGAUGCUGUUGUCACCAAAGGAAAGCAAAGAAUAGCUCACAAACCACACUCUAAGCCCAAGAUGGAUGGCGUAUUGGAUCUAAAAGAGGAGGAUGAGGAGAAUGAAGGAGAGGGCAGAGAUGGAGAGAGCCAAAAAGGCGCCAUGACUGAGGAGGAGUUGUGGGCUCGAUUGGAUGAACUCGAGAAACUGGAGGAUCUACUAGAUGAGCAGGACAGAUUAUCUGACAAUGCAGACAUGAAUGGUGAGGACACAUCAUCCAUUUCCUCCGAAGAGGAGAAGGAGGGAGAUGCUGCACCUCCGGUAACUGGACUGAGUCUGAAGCCCAGCUGGACCUCCGUGCCCCACAGUAAAGCGCCACCCAGCGUAGACAGGAGAGUGGAAGAAGACGAUGAGGAAGGCAGCUGUUUGCCUACCAUCUUCUUCUCUCACACAGUUGAACCCAAGAAGGUAAGGAUAAACACAGGAAAAAACACCACAUUGAAGUUCAGUGAAAGGAAAGAGCAGAAGGAACACUCAAAGAGGAAAAAGAAAAAUGGCCACAAUAACGGACACUCCCAUCACGAACUUUACAAAAUCACAACACCAGCAGACAUUUACAGGUUGUUUGUGGAUGUGAAGAACGGGGAACUCAUCCCCAGGAAGUCCAUCCUAAAGUCACGUAGCCGAGAGAACAGCGUGUGCAGCGAUACGAGCGAGAGCAGCGCGGCCGACUUUGAAGAGCGCCGGACGAUUGGACGCAGCUUCAGUCACGAUGAGGCGACGCACAGCGACACCAGUGACGGCAUUACGGAGGAAGACAGCCCCACAGCGGUCCCACUUCACCCCGCCAGCCGAUUUGAGGCGUUUUCAGGUACAGUGGUAGAAAAGGACACGAUGCCUUCGGGUGUCCCCCAUCUGACCAUCGCUCAUCCAGCUCUGCCGACUAUACUGGAGAGGAAACAGGAGGAAGUGGCGCCUGACGUCGCCCUGCCCCAGCAAGCCACGAAAAGGGUGUCGAAGUUUAAAGCUGCCAGAUUGCAGCAGAAGUGACUGUUAACAAGCAAAUAUCCAUAUUUCACAAUAACUUGUUUUUUUUUAGAGCCUUCGUUUUCUUUCUACAACUGAUGAACUGGAAAAACUGCAGACCAUUCUCUCCUUUCUUUCACUUCUAACCAUACAGGGUUUCUGUCAUUGAGUAUGACUGUUCAGUAGGAAAAAGCACAGUAGCAACAUUAACAAAGCAGCCUUGUGUGUAACACUGCUUUUUAACACUGGUAAAUGCAGUCUUUUUUUCUUAUCUACUCCUAUGGUAUUUAUCCAUCUUUCUAUGGGGUUUGUUUAAACCGAUUGCUGUCUGUCAUAUAUUUACCUGUCAUCUGCUUAUCUGUUGAUCCAUGCUGUUGCCAGUUUAGAUAAGACUCUAAGCUUUGCCACUUAGGAUGAGUUGCUUUGUUUUGUUUCUUUUUCCAAGUAUUGAUCAUUAAACAGAAUCAGGUGCCCGCUAGCUCUCAUUUUCCCUUCUGUCGACCUGCUUAAUGAAUGUAUGUAUUCCUUUGUGACAAGCUUUAUGUAAAGACAAAAAAAGAAUAUUGAUGGAAACUAAAAGUAAAAUAAAAGAUUUUUGUUAUGA